AUGGCAACACAGUCUCUUCGCGUUGUUCCUUCUUCUCACCCAGGAGAAGGUUCCUCUUCGAAAAGUAUAGCAUCGACUGCAAAUUCUUUUGGUGUUCAUGAUACUUUUCGUCUUGGUACGAGGUCUAUUGCUAAUGAACUUUUGCCUAGUCAUCCUCUUGAAAGAAGACUUGACCAGUGGAAUCAAACUCAAAUAAACCUUAAACUCACUAUGGAAAGGCGAAUCUAUGGUAUCCAUGCACCAAUAAGACACCUAAUGGAAAGAAACAUUGUAUCAAAGGUUCAACGCGCACCAAUUUUACCCUCAUCCAAUUUAGCUUUAGACAUUCUCAUGGGUAAAGACGAGACGAUUGAAUUCGAUGAUUUCUUGAAUGAUCCAGAAUUAUCAAUUGAGCCAAUGGAUUUACAUGCUUCGAUGGAACAUAAAUUGGGAAUUAAGUUCUAA